AAGAAGACGACGUCAUCACUCGCGCGCGCUCCACUCACUAAGCGUCGAGUCUCCCGAGGAGAGACAUUCAUGUCCAUUGAAGCUCCUCCCACAACCAUCACCCAUUCAGUAAUUCACCAAUAAAUGCUAAAGUGAAGACAAUUAUCAGGAAGAGAUGACAUCUGUAAAGACUGAGUUUAUUAAAGAGGAAAGAGAGAAGAUGGGAGAUCCAGAACCCUGCAGAAUCAAACACACUGAAGAUACUCAAGAACAAACAGAAGAAAAUGAGAAUGAAGAAUCAACUGAAGUUAAGGAGAAAAAUCAUGCUAAAACUAGAGAAAAACCCUUGAGCAGCUCUCAAAUCAAACAGAAAGAUUUAGAGAAACAAAGAGACAAGAAAUCUUUCACCUGUCCUCAGUGUGGAAGGAGUCUUGCAAGCAAAACAUGUCUUGAUAUUCACUUGAGAGUUCAUACUGGAGAGAGACCAUUCACUUGUGAUCAGUGCGGGAAAAGUUUCACUCAGUCAUCAUGUCUUAAGGUACACAUGAACAUCCACACUGGAGAGAAACCUUACAAGUGUUCACACUGUGACAAGAGAUUCAGCUGGUCAGGAAGCCGGAAAGUACAUGAGAUGACCCACACUGGAGAGAAACCGUACACAUGUGAUCAGUGUGGGAAGAGUUUCACAAUAAAAGGACAACUUUCAGUACAUAUGAGAGUUCAUACAGGAGAGAAACCAUUCACUUGUGAUCAAUGCGGGAAAAGUUUCACUUGGUCAUCAUGUCUUAAAGAACACAUGAGCAUCCACACUGGCAAGAAACCAUACAAGUGUUCAUACUGUGACAAGAGAUUCAGUCAGACAGGAAAUCUGAAUAAACAUGAGAGGUUCCACACUGGAGAGAAACCGUACACAUGUGAUCAGUGCGGGAAGAGUUUCACAUUAAAAGGACAACUUACAGAGCAUAUAAGAAUUCAUACUGGAGAGAAACCAUUAACUUGUGAUCAAUGUGGGAAGAGUUUUAGAAAAUCAUCACAACUUUAUAUACACAUGAACAGCCACACUAGAGAGAAACUGUACACAUGUAAUCAAUGCUGGAAAACGUUUUUGUGGGCUUCAGCCCUAAAGCAGCACCUGAGACUUCAUACACGGGAGAAGCCAUAUUCAUGUGAUUUGUGUGGAAAGAGCUUUUCAUUGCCACAAACUUUGAAACGUCAUCAGAAAACACAUACUGGUGAGAGAGAGUACAUGUGCAUUGAGUGUGAAAAGACUUUUACUACAGCAAAGUGUUUAAAACGUCACGAGAGGAUCCACACUGGAGAGAAACCUUACAAAUGUUCACACUGUGACAAGAGAUUCAGUGAUCCAUCAAAUCUGAAAAGACACGAGAGGAUUCACACUGGAGAGAAACCGUAUCACUGAAUGUGGGAAGUGUUUCAAUCGUUCAUCCGCUCUACUGAAGGAGAGGAUUGAGUGGAUGCCGCUGAUCAUAUCCUUUUUUCUAUAUAUUUAUAUAUAUAUAUAUAAUAUA